AUGAACGGGUUGGGGACGUUGGCAAAGACGGUCGGUGAGGAGGCAUGGGAUGUGGAUACUGAGGUUCCGUGGGGAUGUGAGGUUUGCAUUGAUACGUACCCCCUGCACCGGUGCUCCCCAUUGAUAACCGACCAGGAGGCAUGCAGCACUCUAUCGUGGGCUGCGCUUCGACGCAAUCUAUCUGCUCAUGCGGAAAGCAACCUGGCGAUUGUGGUGGGUGGGACAAAGGAUGAGGUGGUGUUGAAGUUGGAGGGAUCGUUAAGGACGAGGACGUUGGAUUCGUUAGUUAGGAGGAUGAUUGGGAACUGA